AUGAAGAAAAAAUAUGGAAAAAGGAAUGUUCAAAGCUACAUCGAAAGAAUCCAAAAUUUUGGAAACUAUUUGCAAGAAUGGUUUCGCCAAGUAAUAAAAGAAGAAAUUUCUCUGAAAUCAGAUGAUGGUUUUACUAUUCCGAAGGAAGAAAUACCGGAUAUAUUACGCAAACAAUUGUCCAGAAUUCAAGAGACUGAUCCAGCCACCUUUAUUCCACAAGAAGUGCAAAAUAAAGAAGUCGAAGAAGAAAGUAGCAUUUUUGUGAAAAAGUUGGAAAAGACCAGAAGAUUUGCUAUUCAAUUGGCAUUUGGAUUGAACUUAAGUUCAAAAAUCGAAGAUGCUUAUGACGGCGAGCACAUUGACUACUGUGGGUACGGCGUGUGUCCCAUGGCCAUUGAACAGUGUGCCAUUGUGGCUGUCUCCACCAACCAAAUGUCUCAAAUAAACAUUUCGAACACUAAAACAGAUUUAUAUCCGUUUUUUAUUUUGGUGGAUGGAGAUAUUCCCCCAUCAGCUGGCCUUUCGAGUUCGAGUGCCCUAGUGUGUGCUUCGGCAGUAGUAAUCUAUCACAUGUUUUCCCCACAGGAAAUUUCUGCGAAUAAUUUAGCUGAUUUAUGCGGGAAUGGAUCAGGCGGCGUCAUUCCUAUCAACUUCAGGCUCUGUAAAAAAUUUUUGUCAUUUUUGGCAUGUUCGAUUGAAUUUGACCCUUUGAGGACAUCCUUAGUGACCCUUCCUAAAGGAAUGUCUUUUGUGGUGGCCAAUUCUGGUGUUAAAAUGAAUAAAGCUGCCACUUUUCAAUUCAACACUCGAGUCGCUGAGUGCCGUUUAGCAGCAAUGCUUAUUUCUAAACGAAAGUCGAAAUCACCAAUUACGAAAUUGGCCAGUCUUCAAAUUCUGUUAGGUUCAACUUUAGAAGAAAUGAUUGAUAUCGUUAAAAGUGAGUUCCACACGUAUUGCUACACACGUGCCGAAAUUGCUUCUGAGCUUGAAAUGGAGGAAGGCGACCUCAUCGAGCGGGUUUUGCCCUCAAAUCUGGGACAUGGUUUUUGUGUCGUUUAA